UGGAGGGAGGCUUAUUAUACCAAGUCGCCGUGAAACCUCAAGAUCAUACGUAUAAGGUGUUCUUUGCUUACUGUAAAGCAUAAAGAACACCUGAUAAAGCUACAACAUUGUUUACCUCACAUUUAUCUACAGAACACAAACUAAGGUUUAAAGGGAUAUUCAGACCUAUUAUCAUCAUCGUGGGAUGCGUAAGAAAUUUUAGCCUACAGAAGGGAAACUACAAUGUCGACGGUACAGUGGUCACACUGUUGUAUAAUGUGACUAACAAUAAGGGAAGAGGUUAUAUUCUAGUAUUUUUAACACAUUUAUUCAGUUUCUGCUAUUCACAUAUAACGAUGGCUUUUAGUUUAGGAUCUACCCCUGGCUUUCCAUCAGCAACGUCAUCCGCAGCACCGACAUUUGGUUUCGGAGUGGGAAAUACAGCCACUACAACGAAAGCUGGAUUUGGUAACACUGGCUUCUCUUUUGGUGGUGCAACAUCUACAGCUCCUAGUUUUGGCCUAGGCAGUGGCACAACUACUACAAGUUCAGGUUUCAGUUUUGGGGGUCUCAGUUCAUCCAUUGCCCCUACUGGAACAACAGGUGGUUUUGGUGGAUUUGGAAGUAGUUUCACUUCUAAUCCAGCAACAGCCAUCACUACAACGAUGGCAAGUGGCAGCCCAUUUGGAGGGUUUGGAGGAUUUGGGAGUACUGGAAACACUGCUCCCACAACUCAGAGUUCUUUUCAAUUAACUCCAACUACAAGGCCCUUAUUUGGCCAACCACAAACAACCACUGCAAAUUUGGGAUUUGGAGGAUUUGGAAGUUUUGGUGUAAAACAGCAGCAGGCACCCAUGCUAGGUUCUUUUGGAGGAUUUGGUACUGGCGCUGGUAGUUUAGCAUUUGGACAAGGAUUAAUCCAACCACAACAGCAGGUUCCACCAAAUCCUGUGGAGGCUCUGUACAAUGCCGUGUUUAACUGUAAUGUGUAUGGGGAUGAAAGAGACCCUAUACUGGCAAGGUGGAACUUACUGCAAGCUCUCUGGGGGACAGGCAAAGCUUACUACUCACAGACAGCUCCUCCAAUAGAGUUGACACCACAGAAUCCAUUGUGCAGAUUCAAGGCUAUUGGAUACAGCUGCAAGCCUUCAUCAGACAAUGCUCAUGGGCUAGUGGCACUCACCUUCAACAAGAAAGAAGACGAGAUCAGGAGUCAACAGGCACAGCUGAUGACGAGCCUGAAUAUGGUACUGGGCAACAAGCCAAACCUGACUCUUACCAUUGAAGGCCUGAAACCCAUCUCUGAAACCAAGACUCAGGUGGUUAUAUAUGUCCAAGAAAGAAGUAUUACAGGGUCCAUGAGGCGCAUACCUGGUACAGAGUUGUCAGCAUAUCUGCUGAUGCAGAAGCAGCAGCUGUCAACCCUGGGUGCCGAUAAUGUUUUUGCGCAAGUGACACCAGACAAAGACCAGAUCAAGGAAUACCUAGAAAAUCCACCAGCUGGCAUUGACCCUCGACUGUGGAAACAGGCCCAACUGGACAAUCCAAACCCUGAAAAGUAUAUCCCAGUACCAGUGAUUGGAUUUGGUGAAGUACGUUGGCGAAUGAAGUGUCAAGAGCAAGAGACUAAAUUACACCAGGCAUUCUUGGAUCGUGUAGCUGAGGAUAUUGCAGAGUUACAGCGACGCCACACAGCUACUGUUGCCAAGAUCGCAGAAUAUCGUCGCAAAUUCCAAGAGUUAGAACACCGAGUGCUCCAGGUCCUCGUGAAGCAGGAGGUAUCACGGAAAGUGGGUCUUGCUCUGCAACCUGAAGAAGAAGCCCUUAGGAGCCAAUUAGAGGCACUUCACAACCAGCUUAAUGCACCGGCACAGUUCAAGGGUCAAGUAAGUGAAUUGCUGUCACAGAUGCGAAUGCAGAGACAAGAGGCAGCUCAAAGAGAAGUAGAGCGCUAUUCGAUGGAUCCAUCUAUACAGGAUGAUAUCAAACAGUUUUUGGUUAUGGAACAGAAUGGCAUGGCCCACUUAAUUGAGACAAUCCAGACUGACAUGGCCACCCUGAAGAUUAUCAAGGAAGGGAUGACUAGAUUGUUGCAAGGGCACUGACAUAAUGGAAUGUUUAAAAAUGAUUUUUUUCUUAUAAGCUUCAGAGAUAAUGUUAUA